AUGAAAACAUACAAAACAAAAACAAACCAAUUGUUUCAGGUCGAGCCCAGUGGCUCAGCGUCGCUCGGUGCUGCAUCCAGGGCUCUCUUCGUGGAAAAGGUCAGGGCAUCGAAUGCGGCUUGCCAAGCGGGAGAUUUCUCUACAGCUGUGGCUCUAUACACUGAUGCCUUGACUUUGGACCCUGCCAAUCAUAUACUUUAUAGUAAUAGAUCAGCAGCUCGACUGAAGCAAGGGCAAUUCGCAGCAGCUCUGCAAGAUGCAACACGCGCAAGAGAACUAUGCCCUAACUGGCCUAAAGCGUACUACAGACAAGGUACGGUUGUUGGGCAAGAGCUACUUGCAGCAGGGCAGUAUCAAGCGGCGGUGACGGUUUUGGAAGCGGCCUUAAGAAUUGGGUCGUGUUCACUCAAACUCAGGGGUUCAGUAUUCAGCGCAUUAUCAUCAGCUCACUGGGCACUUAGCCAACUGGACGCGGCUAUCAACUAUAUGCAACAGGAUCUCGCGGUCGCGAAGUCCUUAGGAGACACGGCCGGUGAAUGCAGGGCGCACGGAAAUCUCGGAGCUGCAUACUUUAGCCAAGGAUCAUACAAAGAUGCACUCACCGCACACAGAUAUCAGCUAGUGUUAGCUAUGAAAUGCAAGGAUACGCAAGCCGCCGCAGCCGCCCUGACCUCUCUAGGCCACGUAUACACGGCUAUCGGUGACUAUCCAAACGCGUUGGCCAGCCACAAACAAUGCGUGCAACUAGUUAAACAAAUGGGCGAUAGAUUACAAGAGGCGAGAGAGAUCGGAAAUGUUGGCGCUGUCUAUUUGGCCAUGGGAGAGUUUGAUUCAGCCGUGGAUUGCCAUACGCAACAUUUGAGGCUUGCUAGGCGACUUGGUGAUCAGGUCGAAGAAGCUAGAGCCUAUUCAAACCUCGGUUCUUCAUACCACUGCAGAAGGAACUUCACACAAGCUAUCGCAUAUCAUGAAAAUGUAUUGAGAAUCGCGCAAAACCUUGGCGACAGAGCUAUCGAAGCGAGAGCUUAUGCAGGGCUUGGACAUGCUGCCAGAUGCGCAGGCGACUAUGCUCAAGCAAAAAAAUGGCAUGAGAGGCAAUUGGAUGUUGCACUUGCAGCGAGAGAUAAGGUUGGUGAAGGUCGCGCUUGUUCAAACUUAGGAAUCGUGUACCAAUUAUUGGGAGAACAUGACGCUGCGUUAAAAUUGCAUCAAGCACAUUUAUCUAUUGCCAGGCAAUUACAGGAUAAAGCUGGUAUGGGCCGUGCCUACGGGAACAUUGGCAAUGCAUACUCAGCUGCCGGCUUCUAUGAACAAGCCAUCAAGUACCACAAACAAGAACUGACUAUUUCCAAAGAGGUCCACGAUAGAAGUUCUGAAGCCUCUACUCAUGGGAAUUUGGCUGUGGCUUACCAGGCGUUGGGUGCUCAUGAUAUGGCCUUGUUCCAUUAUAGAGCACAUUUAGGCAUAGCUCGCGAACUUAAAGACGCAGCGGGCGAAGCGUGUGCGCUCCUAAACCUUGGUAACUGCCUUUCGUCAAGAGGGGAGUUUGCUCAAGCAGUUCCGUAUUAUGAGCAGCAUCUGAUGUUAUCACAGGAGCUUGGUGACGUCACAGCAGAGGCUAAGGCAUGCCACUUUUUGGGCUACGCUCAUUACUGCUUGGGAAACUAUAGGGAAGCUGUAAGAUAUUACGACCAAGAUCUGUCACUCGCCAAAGAUUUACAAGACAAAAUGAACAUGGGUAGAGCAUACUGCAACCUAGGGUUGGCGCACUUGGCAUUAGGGAACCUAGAAACAGCCUUGGAGUGUCAAAAAUACUUCCUAGCGAUUGCGCAUAUGACUCAACAUUUGCAAGGAAAGUUCAGAGCUUUGGGCAACAUUGGAGAUGUCCUCAUUAAAAUGGGUGACGUUGAAGAGGCAGUUAAAAUGUAUCAACGACAACUUGGGUUUGCGAGACAGGCUCGCGAUCGCUCUCUUGAAGCAGCAGCGUGUGGCGCUUUGGGUCUUGCGAGACGAUUGCAGAGAAGGUUGGAUGCUGCAUUGGGUCACCACACACAAGAAUUAACGUUACGGCAAGAGGCGGGUGACGCGGCGGGAGAAGCCCGAGCCCACUCACAUUUAGGGGCCGUUCACAUGGCACUCGGACACUACUCACACGCAGCCAGGUGCUACAGAGAGCAACUGGAAAGAGCGCAAGAACUACAAGAUUGCGCGUUAGAGGCGCAAGCGUACGGCAACUUGGGGAUCGCAAAACUAAAUAUGGGACAUUAUGAAGACGCUAUCGGAUAUCUAGAACAGCAACUAGCAAUCCUUGAACGCGUUAAUACGCCAACGUGUCAGCUAGAUAAGGCGCGUGCGCUUGGCUCGCUCGGCGAUUGCUACGACGCAUUGGGAGACCCCGAUGAAGCUGUCAAGUACCACGAGCGACAUCUGGCGGCUGCUCUUAAAUUGAACAAUGCGCGGGAACAGGAACGAGCCUACCGAGGCCUAGGAUUGAGUCAUAAGUCGGUAGGAAACCUGCAGCAAGCCCUCGUAUGCCUCGAGAAACGCCUAGUUGUAUCACACGAACUCGGUGUACCUGAAGCAAAGGCACAGGCGUAUGGCGAACUUGGCGCAUUACACAUUUCACUCAAUAACUUAGAGCAGGCUGUCUCUUGUUUGGAGCAUCAGAAGAAUAUCGCCAAGGAAUUAAAUAACCAAAUAAUGGAAGCCGAAGCGUGCCACUCACUUGGUGUGGCUCAUCAAGCGCUCGGGGAACACUCCACGGCCAUAAGACAUCAUCGCGCUGAACUUGAACUCGCGCAUCGGUUGGGACUAACUCACUUACAAGCUCGCGCAUGUGGAGGUCUUGGCGCUGCGCACGCAGCAACGGGCGCGCACGCUGAAGCUGCACGCUGGCACGAAUCACGUCUAAGACAUGCUACUGCUUCUGGUGACACACGUGGACGAGCUCAUUCAUUAGCCGAUUUGGGCAGAGCUCACUUAGCAAUGGGGGCUUGUGGCAGUGCCGUGUCUUAUCUGAGACAAGCACUCGCUGCUACUGAAGGGUUGGCUGAUGCUGACGAAGAGGCUAGAGUGCGUCAUCGACUCGGUUUCGCUCUAUGGGCCUCUGGCGAACUAGAAGAGGCAAAGGAACAACUACACGCAGCUCUAACUGUAUUGGAGUCUGGAAAUGAAAGGCACAGAGACCAAAAAGUUAUCGCCUUAUAUACUUCUACUCAGCACGCUUUGCAGAGGGUGCUAGUUGAACUGGGCCGUCACCCAGAAGCCUUGGUAGUAGCUGAGCGCGGAAGAUGUCGGUCGUUGGACGCCUUGGAAAAGCAUUCCACAACGCAUCAAACUAACACCGAAUUACAUCAUUCUCAAAGAAACGCAUCAGAGGAUUCCGCCAAAGAACACCCUGAGCCGUGGAAUCCAUCCUCAGUGGAACACAUUCUGGAAGUUGUAAACAAACAAAAGGCGCCCAUUUUGUACUACAGUCUGGCUGCCGGGCGACUUUAUUCGUGGCUUCUACAACCACACAAAGGCAUACUUAGGUUCCACCAAGUGUCACUAGUAGAGCAAGCAGAAGAUGGUGACAACAGUCUUCCUGAUAUCAGUCCGGAUGACCUACAGGCCAAUACAAAUAGUGGCAAGUUAGAGCGUUGUAUCUGCGAAUGGUCCGCUUGGUUGAAGACUGCGGCCGAACGGAGAGACGAUGAGUGGCCUGACGAUAGACCCAACACAGGACUCGCUAGAAUUGUCAAUCGUAAUCAUCUACUCAACUCAUCGAACUACUCUUUGAGUUCCUUAUUCAGUGUGGGAUCCGUUGGCGGAUCAGUGGCAGGAUCUGUUGCAAGCCUUCAAGGAUCUACCAGAUCUAGUGUUCACGGUCCACGAAAGAAGCAGCCCUCUUGGCAGGGUCCUCCGUGCUUGAGUGCGUUGUACCAGAUGCUUCUAGCGCCUUUCGAAGAUCUGCUGCCUGCUUCCUGUAAUAAUAACCACGCGUCCCACGGUCGUCGCGGCUGCGGCGGUCGCCGUGAGCUAAUCGUGGCCGUCGAAGGGGCUUUAUACGCAUGUCCUUGGGGUGCGUUAUGCGCCGGCGCAGAUUCUGAGCCACUAUGCGAAAGAUACGCCCUACUUGCAACGCCCGCUUUGCGUCCACUCAAACAUCAGAGACAUUCGAGAAACAAGCCUCACCCUGAACAUGGUGGUAGCAAUAACGAGUCUGGUAUGCGAUGCCUGGUAGUAGGGGGACCUCGAGUGGGCGGAUCUCGUUGGGCAUCUCAUCCCGCGCUAUUAAAAGAAGCCGAGCUCGUUGCUGAUAUGUUGAGGGUUACACCGCUCACUGAUUAUCAGGCAUCAAAGGAAGCCGUGCUGAGUCAACUAACACAGGCGGAAUGCAUUCACUUUGCAACACACGUUUGCUGGAAAACGCCGGGAAUCGUCCUAAGCCCCGGAGAAGUGGUGGAUUCGCAAGCUAAACGUUUGUUAAACUCAAGCAACGCUGCUGAUACGUCAACAGAAAACGAAGAAGAGAAUGCAGAAUUACCACAAACAAACGAAGAAUUGCCACCAGCAUCGGAGUUCAUUUUGACGGCAGCAGAAAUUAUGAAUUUGAAAAUUACUGCCAGAUUGGUGGUAAUAUCCUGCGCCCCAUCAACCUCAGUCCUUGAAGACUCUGAAGAGCCUGAAGCAGUAUCGGUGGCUGGUGAUGGAGUGUCCCGACUUUGCAGGGCACUGCUCGCAGCGGGAGCUCAAGCUAUACUGGUCACGUUAUGGCCCGCACCUCAAGAUACAGCAACAAAGAUUCUAUACAGGGCCCUUUACUCUGCUUUGCUUCAGGGCAGUCGAGUUGCCAAAGCAUUGGGUGACGCGAUGCAAACAGUCCGACAUACAAAGCAUUUCGCCCACCCGGCGUAUUGGUCCGGUUGUGCUCUACUCGGUGCUAAUAUUCGGCUCAGCAACAAGGUCGCUUUGAUGGGACAAGCUUUAUGUGAAUUGAUGGCUGCGCCGGAGAGGUGCAGAGAUGCGUUGCGUGUAUGUUUGCAUUUAGUUGAAAAGUCCCUUCAACGCAUUGUACGAGGUCAGAAGAAUGCGAUGUACACCACACAGAAGAGUAUUGAGAAUAAAGCUGGCACCGCUACCGGGUGGCGGGAGCUGCUCAUGAGCGUUGGAUUUAGAUUCGAGCCAGCAGCAAAUGGCAUACCAUCGAGUGUGUUCUUCCCUCAAAGCGACCCAGAAGAGAGGCUCACACAAUGCUCGGCUAGCUUACAAGCACUUCUAGGACUGUCAUCAACAACUCUACAAGCAUUGUCAAAGUUAAUAUCAAAUGGCGAUGUGGCAGAUGAUAUAAUCGGAGUUAUCCGAUCAGUUAUAUCACAAUUCACAGUUAAAAACUCGGAAACUGAUACAAUAGAAGUUGCUGUUAAUGUCAGAUUAUGGCGUGUGAACGGAUGUCAUGAACUGUUGGCGUCCCUUGGAUUCGAUUUGGCUGAAGUUGGUCAAGACGAAGUAAUGUUACGCGGUAAAGCUACGAAUAGGAGACAUAUACAAUUCGUACUCCAGGCCUUGCUUGCUCUAUUUGAUACGCAAGAAGCGCCUAGAAGUUUGAGCUUAGAAUCAAGUUCGAGCGUGGAAUCACUUGCAUCUAUCGAUGAUGGAGAUUUGGAACCUCAUUCAGACGGAGAAACUCCUCCCGCCACACACAGAAAAGAAAAUGUAACAACGGUUCCUCCGCCACCGCUACCUCUUGGCUCUUGCGGCGGGGCGUUCACAAUGUACGUGCGAAACACAGGCGAAGUGGGCCGUGGAGAACCAGAUGGUCGUAAUGCCCCUCCACCCGCAGCUGCCCCUCCUCGCUACAGGGGUGAAAGCGACGCAGCAUUUACCCCUUCGCCCCCCACUACUGCCCCCCAACGAGACGUAUCACUCGCCCUCGCACAUCAAACCAAAAUUCGCACCCUUUACACCAGACGACCCCCGUCAGACGACUCAGAUUGGGAAUCCUCAGGACACGACACGGUACUACGUCGGCGACCUGACCCCCACCAGCGAUACCUCGACGCCUUCUACGAACUCGCCUCAGCCCAACCGAGGCGCACCGAAGAAGAUAAAGAACCCCAACCUUCCACCUCCAAACGGGCACCUCGACCCAAAAUGGGCACAAGCCGCGACUCCAUGGCCCAAGUUAGACAUAUGAGCGGCGAAUUAACCCCGACUAUAUCGGAAGUCUACCACGAAAGGAAUAUCGGAUUGGGCCUCGCUCCACCGUUAGCGGAGUUAUUGCUAGCUGAAGAUUCAAAAACAGAAAUGCGAGCCGCAAGUUCCAGCGAAAACCUAUUGCUCCAGAACUUAGAAAAGUUGGGUCUUCUGGGUGACGUCAGUGAAAAUGAAGAACGUUGGUGCACCACAAAUGCAUCUCGACCCUGGCUUACAGCGGCGCCUCUUGAAACAGAUGUUCAAUCCUCAGACUUAACUACGGCUGAGAUAAUAGAACGCCAGAGCAAGUUUAAAAAAGAUGAACCUAUGAGAAAAGAAGAGAAUGCGUACGACUUAAAACCUAAGGAAGAAGCGGCCGGACCGAGUUGUAUAGAAAAACGUUCAGUUUCGCCUUUUUCAGAGUUGUCUAGAAGAGAUGAGGGUGACGGUAGGAGUAUAGCGGAUUCACAUUCUUCUUACAAGGCGUUAGUCUUGAACCCCCGAACUCCUUAUUUGCCAGAGGAAGGGGAAGCAAAACCCACAGAGGGGGGUAAGACACACCCCCGAGUUAGACGGCCUCUAGUCCCUAGAACGCGACCAACAUACACAACUCUAGAUUUUCCACCUAACAAAUGA